GUUCCUUCAUACAAAAAUUCCCCUCCCUGUCCCAUCUGACCAAGAUCUAGGCCACCAAAAUUGUACAAACACUGGAAGAAGCUUUAUGAUUGCAUAUAUAGACUAAGAAACUAAGACUUUUUGAGAAACAGUAGGAAUUCUGGUUUGAUUUGAGGGAAGUAAUUGGGGAUUUAUUUUUAUUUUUUUGCUUGCCAUAGGAUUUGAGGUAACCCUAAAUGUAAAUAAAUACAAAUCCCUAAGAUCCCUAAGUGGGCUAUUUGAACUGGCAGACUCAGUAACAUAUUAAACCUAUCAAACACGCCAACAAAAAGAAAAAAAAAAAAAGAACAUGAUUUCAUCCUCCAUGCCUUUUUUCCCACUCAACCCACUGCUGUUAGGAAUUUUUCAGGUAAUGAUUAAUUUGUAUCUAACGUCUAAGCUAUUACACGUAAGUGUAGUAGUACAUCUAAGUGCCCAGCAAAUGUUAAAGUACCAAAUUUAAAACGUUAUUAUCUAGUUGAUUCCUCACCCUGUCCAAAGCAGGUUGAGACAGACCUACAGUAAGUCAUGAAACCACUUCUGUGGAUCACAUCAGACUUUUUUUUUUUUUUUCUGAGAUGGCAUCUUGCUCUGUACCCAGGCUGGAGUGCAGUGGCAUGAUCUCGGCUCACUGCAACCUCCACAUCCUGGGUUCAAGCGAUUCUUCUGCCUCAGCCUCCCAAGUGGCUGGGACUACACAUGCGCGCCACCACGCCCGGCUAACUUUUGUAUUUUUAGUAGAGACGGAGUUUCACCAUAUUGGCCAGGUCGGUCUCAAACUUCUGACCUUAUGAUCCACCCGUCUUGGCCUCCCAAAAUGCUGGGAUUACAGGCGUGAGCCACCGCACCCAGCCCCACAUCUGAUUUUUUUAUACAAAUGAACUACAGAAGAAAAUAUUGAAUCACACUGUAGUACUUUUGUGUGUGGGCAGUAUAGACACAUAUAUAAAACUGAAAUGUCACUAUAAUGACAUUAAUGAAAUGUCACCAUAAUGAAAUUAAUCAGUGUGGCUAUUACUUGAAAUAUCUGUUUUACCAACCAAUGAAAGCAAUCAGAACUCUUGUUAAAUAAAACAGUGAGAUAGAGGGGGCAUUAAAGUUUCUGUCAGAAUUUGAUUCUAGGAACAUCAGCCAAUUCCUCAAAUGCUAAAAUUAUCAAGUAAAUGUCUAAGACUUCUGAUUCUCAGAGUUUGUUAAAAAAAAAGUUAACCUUGCAAAGAACAGGUGGAUAUUAGAAGCUUAGAACUGUUCUAAAAAUACGGUGCUAGACUGCAACCCUAAAAUAUUAAGAGCUGUAAAUACCUAGCCCAAUGACCCUCAUUCUCUAAAAGCAAAAGCAGUGAUGUAUCCCAGGUCACAGCCAAUGAGUAAUAGGCUUAUGAGUAGAACACAUAACAUCCACUUUUCAAAUCCAGUGUUUCAGUAUUAAAGUGCUUAUUCAAUCCAACGUCCUGUUGAAUUACUGUAAAAAUUCUGAGAAUUUUGGAGCUAAGCACACACAAUACUGCUUUAACUCCAUGAAGGCCUACGAGCCUGAUAUUUUAACUUAUCUCCCCAAUUCCUGCCAUUCUUAUUUUGUCCAAAUCAUGAUGCCACACCCUUAGCAAUAUCACAGCAAGCAAGGAUCAAGUGUCCUCAUGAAAUAUCUCAUCCAGUUCCUAUUCUCAGGCUAUACCCAGUUUCACACCUAAAGGCAUUAUGGUAUUGUCAUUAAAAAAGAAAAAUACUUGGAGGGUGAGACUAUGGGUUCAAUAAUUUAUUGAGCCACGAGGCUUAUCUAUCCCACUAUUGGCAGGUGACGACGAACCCUUAGCCCUGGAUGAACUUUUCCCAAAUUUGUACCACUGAUAAUUAUUAGGAAGAUCUGUGAAAAAUGAGGUUAACAACAAGCAGAAAAACCAUUCUCUGGUGGUUAUUUAGAGAUACAAUCUUUUUUUAAAAAAGUGAUUUCAUUUUAAGUGACUGGCCAGGACAUUCUUGAAUGUACAAACACUGACAAAACACAUUUUUACUGGCAUGCAUUUGUCCAUUAAACAUAACCUUUUAGCUUGCGAUACCUUUUAUAAAUUUUCAUUACACAAAUGAAUGCCUACUAAGUCCCAAGGCCUAUGAUAGGUUCUAAACCUACAAGGAAGAAAAAGGUAGUUUUCUGCCUGUAAAGACUGCAUAACACAGUAAAAGAGACAUAUGUAAAUAAAAGGCUAAAGUGCAAUACAAAAAGUGGUAAAGAAUUAUGUAAGAGGAAACAUGAAAUUCACAUGAUGAUUACCUAUAUAGUUCUACCUAUUGAACUAUCAGAAAACUUCACUUAAAAGGUAGCAUUUGAAAACAAGGAGAUGGGAUAACAUUCAAAUUGGUGAGAACAGUAUGAACAUAAGUAAAUGAGAAAACAUAUGGCUUGUACAAGAGAACCAUGAUAGUUGAAUGUGACUGCAGCAUACGAUGCUUGAAGGGAAGUAGUAAAAAAUAAGGUUGGAGAGAGGUGGAUAUGACCUUUAGUAGGGUCUCAGAAUCAAGACAAGAGAGUCUGGAUGCUUAAUGUCUGUAUAUCAAUGCAAUAAAUGUAUACAUUUAAAAUUCUCUUGGAAUGAUAUGCACGUAAGAGUAUUACAUAUGUUACCACCACCACCUCAUACCCAAGUACUUCCUAGAUACUUGGCACCACUCUAAACAUUUUACAUGUAUUUACCAUGUAAUACUAAUUCCAACCUUGUCAAGCCAGUUCUAUUAUUAUCCCCAUGUUACAGAUGAGGCAAGCAGAAUAAGAAAUUUGCUCGAAAUCACCCCUCCUCACAAAAAUCCUGGCUAUACCUACACAUUCUAAAGCUAGAAGUAUCUUCUUUGCUAUCCCGGCAUAAUUUUUAAAGCUAUCAUUCUUAUGGGGGCACAGGAAAAACCUACAAAGUAACCUAAAAUGACUUAAGAAUCCUUAAAAAAAUAAAAGGUGUCAAGUGAGAGCCAGACGGGCACUGGGUGACUCUGUGCCUCGCUGAGGAAAAAUAACUAAACAGGGGUAAAGGAGAUCCUAAGAAGCCAAGAGACAAAAUGUCCUCAUAUGCAUUUCUGGUGCAAAGUUGUCGGGAGGAGCAUAAGCACCACCACUCAGAUGCUUCAGUAAACUUCUCAAAGAGUUUUCUAAGAAGUGCUCAGGGAAGUGGAAGACCAUGUCUGCUAAAGAGAAAGGAAAAUUUGAAAAUAUGGCAAAGGCGGACGAGGUCCAUUAUGAAAGAAAAAUGAAAACCUAUAUUCCUCCUAAACAGGAGACAAAAAAGUUGUUCAAGGAUCCCAAUGCACCCAAGAGGCCUCCCUUCAGCCUGAGUAUUGCCCAAAAAUCAAAGGGAGAACAUCCUGGCCAGUCCACUGGUGAUGUUGCAAAGAAACUGGGAGAGAUGCGGACUAACACUGCUGCAGAUGACAAAUGGCCUUAUGAAAAGAAGGCUGCAAAGCUGAAGGAAAAAUACAGAAAGGAUACUGCUGUAUAUCGAGCUACAGGAAAGCCUGAUGCAGCGAAAAAGGGAGAUGUCAAGGCUGAAAAAAGCAAGAAAAGGAAGGAUGAGGAAGAUGAAGAGGAUGAGGAGGAAGAUGAAGAGGAUGACGAUAAUGAAUAUGCUGAUAAUGAAUACACUGGUUUUAGUGGUUUUGUCUAUAAAACAUUUAACUCCCCUGUACACAACUCACUCUUUUUAAAGAAAAAAAUUGAAAUGUAAGGCUGUGUAAAAUGUUUCAAACUGUACAGUGUCUUUUUUUGUAUAGUUAACACACUACCAAAUGUGUCUUUAGAUAGUCCUGUCCUGGUGGUAUUUUCAGUAGCCACUAACCUUGCCUGGUACAGUAUGGGGGUUGUAAAUUGCCAUGGAAAUUUAAAGCAGGUUCUUGUUGGUGCACAGCACAAAUUAGUUAUAUAUGGGGAUGGUAGUUUUUUCAUCUUCAGUCGUCUCUGAUGUGGCUUAUACGAAAUAAUUGUUCUCUUAACUGAAUACCACUCUGCAAUUGCAAAAAAAAAAAAAAAAAGUUGCAGCUGUUUUGUUGACACUGUGAAUGCUUCUAAGU